GUUUUUUUAAAAGGUUUCGAGAUGACAGAAGUUGGAGAAGAUACAGAAGAGGACUCCAGGUGAGAGAUGAAGACGAGUUUUUCUCCCUCAUCUUCUUCACUGACGCUCAAACAUAUGAGACCAUCUUUCCAUCUCGGGGCCCCUCAGCUCACCCUCCUCUUCCUCACCCUGCUCUGCCCCGUCCCAUGGACGGCGUGGUCGUGCCCCCUCUCCUUCGCAGACACAAUGGACGGAUCUGAUCUGGAGUCUGUGCUGCAGCACCAGGCGGCUCUGGACCAGCUCCUCGCCCCUCAGCUCGUCCCCCAAGCGCUGCUGGAGCCCGGGCAGGAGGCCGAGGAGGCCGGAUCCUGGGAGGAGGAGGCGCUGCUGAGAGCCCAGAGAGGAGACCUGAUGGCCCGGCCGCUGCCGCCCUUCCCUGAAGGUCACUCUCUGGAGAACUACCACUACCAGGACGGAGGAGAAGGGGAGGAAGGGGGGAAGAGGAACGAAGCUCUGACCUCCAUCAUCGGGGGGCUCCAGGCCGUCAACCGGGAGAAGGGGGGCUUCGGUUUCCGCUUCGGGAGGAAAAGAUGGACUGACCGGGGAUGGAGUGAUGAGGGGAGGGGGCGCUCAGAGGAGGACCAGAGGAACUGAUGAUGUUUUUUAUGGAAAAGAAAUAUAAAAUAAAGGAAAAAAUACACAAAUCAGAGUGCCUUUAAAAUGAGGAAGACAAUUUUUAUUUUACAUUUUAGAUCAAAGCUACACAGAAAAGAUAAUAAGACACAACUGAAGUAACACAAGAGUCAUUUUGUGAUGGAGUCAGGAAAUAAAAGAAAAGACAGAUAUUUAUUUGAUAAUGGACGAAUGUACAGAAAGAAAAGAGUCCUUAUCCGUCUCCAGCUUCUCCAUGUAAAUGUUACAGGUAUUUGGUCACAUCCAAAGUUUAACGGUGUAAUAAUAAAUGUACAUAGAUAUAAAUUGGAAGUAGAACUUUACUUU